GGGCCCUGAGGACCUGGAGAGAUGGAGACUUGCCACAUCACCCCCACGAGGCUGCUGUUGGCUGCAUCGUUUCUCUUGGCACCUGCCUUGAGUUACAACCUGGAUGUGCUGCAAAUACAAAAUUUCUCUUUCCAAGACUCCGGGAGGCAUUUUGGGUACCGUGUACUGCAGGUUGGAAAUGGGGUUCUUGUAGGAGCGCCAGGUGAGGGGAGCAGCCUGGGAAGCCUCUAUCGAUGUCAGUCGGACACUGGGCACUGCCUACCAGUCAGCCUGGGCGGUUCCAACUCUACUUCCAAGUACUUGGGAAUGACCUUGUCUGUGGACCCCACGAGCGGAAACCUUUUGGCCUGUGACCCUGGGCUCUCUCAGACAUGUGACCAGAACAUCUACCUCAGUGGCCAGUGUUACCUCUUCCGUCAGAAUGUGGGGGACCCUGUGCUGCAAGGACGUCCUGGGUACCAGGAAUGUAUCAAGGGCAACGUCGACCUGGUCUUUCUGUUUGACGGCUCAAGGAGCAUGCAGCUAGAUGAGUUCGAGCAAAUUCUGGACUUCAUGAAGGAUGUGAUGAAAAAACUCAGCAACUCUUCCUACCAGUUUGCUGCUGUUCAGUUUUCCACAACCUACAAAACAGAAUUUAACUUCUUGGAUUAUGUUCGGCUCAAGGAUCCUGAGGUCCUGCUAGCCAAUGUCAAGCACAUGCUCCAUUUGACCAACACCUUUGGUGCAAUCAACUACGUCGCAAAAGAGGUGUUCCGGAAAGAGCGGGGGGCCCGGCCAGACGCCACCAAAGUCCUGAUCAUCAUCACCGACGGGGAAGCUACUGACAACGGCAACAUUGACGCGGCCAAAGACAUUGUCCGCUACAUCAUCGGGAUCGGGAAGCACUUUAAGACACAGGAAAAUCAAGAAGCGCUCCACAAAUUUGCCUCCCAGCCCACGGAGGAGUUUGUCAAGAUUCUGGACACCUUUGAGAAGCUUAAAGGCCUAUUCACGGAGCUGCAGAAGAAGAUGUACGACAUCGAGGGCACCAACAAACAGGACCUGACGUCCUUCAACAUGGAGCUGUCCUCCAGCGGGAUCAGCGCAGACCUCAGCAGGGGCCACGGAGUGGUGGGGGCAGUUGGAGCCAAAGACUGGGCCGGGGGCUUUCUAGACCUGAGGGCGGACCUGCGGGACAACACGUUUGUUGGGAAUGAGCCACUGACUCAGGAAGCAAGAGCGGGCUACUUGGGUUACUCCGUGACCUGGCUGCCCUCUCAGGAGAACAGGUCACUGCUGGCAGUGGGAGCCCCCCGGUACCAGCAUGUGGGGCAGGUGCUGCUGUUCCAAGAGCCAGAGGGCAGAGGAAACUGGAGCCAGGUCCAAAAAAUUGAUGGCACUCAGAUUGGCUCUUAUUUUGGUGGGGAGCUGUGUGGCCUUGAUAUGGACCAAGAUGGGCAGACAGAGCUGCUGCUGAUUGGAGCCCCGCUGUUCUACGGGGACCAGAGAGGAGGCCGCGUGUUCGUCCACCAGAGAAAACAGCUGGGGUUCAAAGCGGUCUUGGAGCUGCAGGGGGCCCCUGGCUACCCCCUGGGGCGGUUUGGAGCAGCCAUCGCCGCCCUUUCGGACAUCAAUGGGGAUCGCCUGAUGGAUGUCGCUGUGGGAGCCCCCCUGGAGGAGCAGGGGGCUCUGUACAUCUUCAACGGGCAGCCUGGUGGGCUCAGCCCCCAGCCGAGCCAGCGAAUAAAGGGGACCCAGGUGUUCUCAGGAAUUCAGUGGUUCGGACGCUCCAUCCACGGAGGGAAGGACCUCGGCGGGGACGGUCUGCCGGAUGUGGCCGUGGGGGCUGAGGGUCAGGUGAUCGUACUGAGCUCCCGGCCGGUGGUGGACAUCGUCACUUCCAUGGCUUACUCUCCGGCUGAGAUCCCGGUGCACGAAGUGGAAUGCUCCCCCUCCUCCGGAGGGAAGAAGGAAGGGGUGAACAUCACCACCUGUUUCCAGGUCAAGUCUCUCGUCCCCCAGUUCCGAGGGCCCCUGGUCGUCAAUCUCACCUACACCCUGCAGCUGGAUGGGCAUCGGACCAGGAGCCGGGGGCUGUUCCCCGGGGGGAGGUCGAUGCUCAACAGGAAUACGGCUCUCACCCCAGACCAGUCCUGCUUCAGUUUCUGGUUUCACUUCCCGGUAUGCAUCCAAGACCUCAUCUCUCCCAUCAACGUCUCCCUCAAUUUCUCACUUUGGGAGGAGGAGGGGAUACCAAGGGACCGUCAGGCGCAGGGCAAGGACAUGCGCUCACGGCCCAUCCUGAGACCCUCCCCACACUUGGAGACGAAGGAGAUCCCCUUUGAAAAGAACUGUGGUGAAGACAAGAAGUGUGAGGCAGACCUGGAGCUGUCUUUCUCCCCGGCCAGAUCCGAAGGUCUGCGUCUGACCCCCUCUGCCAGCCUGUCCGUAGAGCUGACCUUGAGAAACCGGGGAGAAGAUGCUUACUGGGCUCUCCUGGGCCUGAGCUUCCCUCGGGGACUGUCCUUCCGCAAAGUGGAGAUGCUGAAGCCCCACAGCCACGUGCCUGUGAGCUGCGAGGAGCUUCCCCAGGCCGCCAGUCUUCCGACCAGUGGCCUCUCCUGCAACGUGAGCAAUCCCAUCUUUAAAGCAGGCAGCUCGGUUGUCGUCCAGGUGAGGUUCCAUACACUGCUCAACAGCUCUUGGGGGGACCUGCUGGAACUGCAAGCCAACGUGACCUGUGACAACGAGGAUUCGGGCUUCCUGCAGGACAACAUGGCCACCACCAGCAUCCCAGUCCUGUACCCCAUCAAUAUCCUCAUCGAAGACCAGGAGGACUCCACCCUCUACAUCAGUUUCACGCCCAAAGGUCCCAAGACUCAGCACGUCAAACACAUCUACCAGGUGAGGAUUCAGCCUUCUCUCCAUGACCACCACUUGCCCACCCUGGAGGCCUUGGUUGGGGUACCCCAGUCUCACAGCAAGGGGCCCAUCACACAGAAGUGGAGGGUGGAGAUGGAGCCUCCUGUCACCUGCCACCCUGAGUCUCUGAAGAUGCUGCCCAGUGCCAGUGAGGCCUGCCUCCCAGAAGCCGAGCUCCGCUGCCCGGUCGUCUUCAAGCGGGAGACCCUCGUCACUGUAGCUGGAGAGUUUGAGCUGGUGGGAGAGAUCGAGGCCUCCUCCAUGGUCAGCCUCUGCAGUUCCCUCUCCAUCUCCUUCAAUAGCAGCAAGCACUUCCACCUCUACGGCAAGGCCUCCUCAGCCCAGGUCAUCAUGAAGGUGGACGUCCUAUUCCAGAAGGACAUGCUCUACGUCCACGUGCUGAGUGGCCUCGGGGGGCUGCUGCUACUGCUGCUGAUUUUCCUGGUGCUGUACAAGGUUGGCUUCUUCAAGCGGAACCUGAAGGAGAAGAUGGAGGCCAACCAAGAUGGAGGUACCCCAAACGGAACUCCUGGAGAAGGGUCUGAGUCGCCAGCCUCGAAGGAAGAGGAUGCUGAUCCAGGCUGCCUGAAGCCCCUCCGUGGGGAGGACCCCGAGGGGGUAGAGGCAAAGACUGAGGACCAGGACUGACAGAGGGGCUAAGCUGGAUUCUGGACCCAGCCCUAGGCCUCUGUGUCCUGUUCUCAAACAUAAACCUCAUUCCCACUGGCCUCCCUUGGAGGCUCAGACUGAGGACUGGCCUGAGGGACAGGCCGGGAAGGCCACACAGGGAAGGCAUUGGGACCAUCAGAUCAGCUUGGUUUCCGCAGAAGGAAAAUGAUGGAGCUUUGGAGAAACUGAAGGCCCAGAACCUGAUGACGCUUCUGGCUCCCACAUCCACCUGCCCUUGGACGCCCACAGUGGCCUCACGCGUGGAACUCUCUGGCCCUCUCUCCUACCUGGAGUCCAGUGGGCUUUCUGUUCUUCUGCUUGAAAGGGGAUCUGAUCUGGGUCACUGUGAUGUUGUGGUAACCCCCUGGUUCUUUGGCUAGAUUUCAUCCACAUUUCUUAACAUGCCCUCGAAGCCCCUGCAAAGGUGGGCCCCUGUUGCCUUCCCCAGCCUCCUCUAGAGCCACCUCUCUUCCGUCCUAAGUUCCAGCCCCCUCCACCUUGCUUGUGGCAAACGGAGGGAUGGAUGGGAAUGUAAUGCAGUUAAAUCUUCCAUGUUCAUCACGAUGGGUCUGGAAAGCCGACUCAGGUGGAUGAAGACCCUCACGGUUAUGAGAUAUAAAUAAAUCUUAAUACACAUCCGCAUGACUGAGCACAGGCCCUCCAAUAACCACCACCCACCCCCAUAAAGGAAUGGUCGUAAAGAAGCCACCAUAAAAGAUGAACCAUUCCUGCAUCUGGCAUCCACUCUGCCUGCAGGUUACCUGUAGGUGAGGGCAAGCAGGUUCUAUAGCCCAACCCACCGUAAAGUGCAGCGAACCCUCUUCUGACGUUUCCUUCAUUUCCUUCUGAUGCGCAUCAUCCAUUGCUCCCUGGGGAGGGCUCAGGGGCGUCCAAGGUCAACUAGCACUGAGUCAAAAAGACGGUACGCUUCAUCGCUCGUUUAUUAUGUUACCCGCUCAUGAUAUUGCCCACUGACUAUGUAAGCUCUUUGAAGGGCCUGUAAGCCCCAUGAUAUAUACCUGUUGGAAAAUACAUUCACACUCUUGGUCCUGGUA